AUGGGAACUUUACUAUUGAACUUAGGAUAAUGUGGAAAUCAACUUGCAUUACAAAUGUUUAAUCUAAUUGAUAAAUCUUCGAUGCAUGAGGGAAACAUGUUUUUGAGAAGAAGAGAAUCAAAUAUAUAUCACACUAUUCUAGUUGAUACAGAACCAAAAAUAUUGAAACCCAUUGUUGAAGAUAGAAAGUUGUACUCUCAUAUUGAUGUCAAAAAUGUUCUUUACUAUUAAUAUGGUAGAGGUAAUAAUUGGGGCUUAGGUUAUCUUAAUUUUAAAUAGAAAUCUAAACUAUCUAAAUCAAAUUAGUAGCAAGCUAUUUCAGUUUUUAAGUCUUCAACUAAUGAAGUUUCAAUCCAGUAAUAUUGCUAAGAAAAUGAGCAAAUAGUGGAAUAAAUUAUUAAUUAAGCAAGAAAAGAAAUAGAAAAAACCGAUUAUUUUUUAAGCAUUUCUACAAUAAUGAGUCUAGCUGGUGGCACUGGAUCCGGUCUAGGUAGUAGAGUAAUCUAAGAAUUUUCUGAUAUAUUUUAAGAAGUUCAUUAGAAUGUAAUAGCAAUAUUUCCAAAUAAGACUGGUGAAACACCUCUUUAACAUUAUAACACACUUUUAUCAUCAGCACAUAUUUAAUAGUAUGCAGAUUCAAUUAUUUAUUUUGAGAAUGACAGGAUAUAUUAAAUGUUAAGUUAGAUUGGAUCAAAGCAAAUCGAUAAAAGUGUGGAUUUAUCAAAUGUAAAUGAAUAUAUAGGAUCUUGUCUAAUGAACUUAUUUUGGAUAAAUGAUAAUUCCACUAAUGUUCGAUAUUAUUAAGAUCUAUUAUCUGAAUGUUGCAUAACUGAAGGUCAUAAAUUCAUUGAAGUAGUUUCAGCUCCAUUUACAUUAUUUUCCCAUUCAAAUUUGGGACCAUUGUGUACUUGGGAAGAUUUGAUUAAAAGUUCUUUGGAAUAGUAUGCAUUUGAAAAAUUUGAAGAUGACAGUGAUUAAUAACAACAAAUUGGAGAGGCAGUAGCAAAAUCUCUAUAGAUUCAAUCAGUUUAAAAGAAAGGAGAAACUACUUUGAACCUUUAAUCUGUAUUUAGAUCAGAAAAUGUUUUGAAGACCUUAUAAGAUUCAGAUUCUCAUAUGAAAUUUUUGGAAAGGAAAAUUAAUUCUGUUUUUAAUCCUGUUCAGUGGAAUCCUGAUGCAGUUUAAUUGCAUUUUAUUAAUGAAAAGUCUUCAGUCAAAGGACAUGAUUAAAAAAUGAAUGUCACUUUAAUAAAUUCAACCAAAAUCAUUCCAAUAUUAAAGAAUGUCAGUAAAAUUGCCUAUUAGAAAUAUAGAAGUGGAGCAUAUUUGCAUUGGUAUUGGAAGUAUGGCUUAGAGAAUCAAGAUUUCGACAAUGCUUUUGAAUCUUUAUAAAAAAUACAAGAUGAUUAUAAUUAUAUGGUAGAAUAUUGA